AUGGCAAAAAAAAUAAAUCCUAAUAGGUUUAGAUUAGGUUCUAAAUUUUUAUGAUGAUCAAUUUCUUAUUUAAAUUUACAAAAUAAAGGUUAUAGAAAAAUAGGUAGAGAAUUAUUACAUAAUGAUUUAUUAAUUAGAAAAUAUAUUGAAAAUGUUAAUAAAUCAUUUAAUAUAUUAACUUCGGAUAUUGUUAUAAGUAGAAAACCUUUAUUAAAAAAUAAUUUAAAUAUUAAUAAAAGAUCGAAUAUAUUUGAUCAAUUAAUUAAAAAUAAUAAAAAAUCAAAUAAAAAAUAUAUUAAUUAUUGUAAUUUAUAUUUUAAUAAUAAUAAUAACACAAAUAUAAAUUUUAAUAAUUUUAAUAAUAUUAAUUCAAAUUCUUAUAUAAAUAAUGAACAUAUUGAAAUAUCUUAUUUAAUUAAAUUAUGUGAUAAUAAUGUUGCCUCAAAUAACCUAUUAUUAAAUUUAGAUAAUAAUAAAUUUAAACAAAUUAAACAAAAUAUUGAAAAUAAUUUAUAUUUAGAUUUAUUAAGAAAAAUUAAUUUUUAUCAAUUAAAAAAUAUAUUUAAAUAUUCACAAAUAAUUUUCAUUAAAAAAAUAAGUAUAAAUAAUGUUAAUUUAUUAGUAUAUUAUUUAUUAAAUGAAAUUCUUAAUAAUAUUAAUCAUAUAAAUUAUAAUAUAAAAUUAAAUAUUAAAGAAGCACCUAAAAUCACCUCUAAUAAUAAAUUAUUAGCUAAUUAUAUUUCUUUAGAAUUAUACCAAAAACCUAACCAACAUAAAUCUAUAUUAUUAAAAACUUUAAGAAAUUUAUAA